GGUCUCAGCUUGUGAGCCCCAACGGAUCGCCGGAGCAAAGCCCUUCGAAUGUCCCCCUAGUACGGGCCAUGUCUGGCUGUCCUGCUCCGGAGGGACACUGUUGCUUGCGGCGAUGCGACGCGCAGGACAAGGAACAUCCAAGAUACCUGAUCCCAGAGCUUUGCAAACAGUUUUACCACUUGGGCUGGGUCACUGGGACUGGAGGAGGAAUUAGCUUGAAGCAUGGCAAUGAAAUCUACAUUGCUCCUUCAGGAGUGCAGAAGGAACGGAUUCAGCCCGAAGACAUGUUUGUUUGUGAUAUCAAUGGAAAGGACAUAAGCGGACCUCCGCCGUGUAAGAAUCUAAAGAAAAGCCAGUGUACUCCUCUCUUUAUGAAUGCUUACACUCUGAGAGGAGCAGGUGCAGUGAUUCACACCCACUCUAAAGCUGCCGUCCUGGCCACGCUUCUCUUUCCGGGGCAGGAGUUUAAAAUUACACAUCAAGAGAUGAUCAAAGGAAUAAGGAAAUGUACCUCGGGAGGGUAUUACAGAUAUGAUGAUAUGUUGGUGGUACCUAUUAUUGAGAAUACACCUGAGGAGAAAGACCUCAAAGAACGGAUGGCUCGUGCAAUGAAUGAAUACCCAGACUCCUGUGCAGUACUAGUCAGACGUCAUGGAGUCUAUGUCUGGGGGGAAACAUGGGAAAAAGCUAAAACCAUGUGUGAGUGUUACGACUAUUUGUUUGAUAUUGCCGUAUCCAUGAAGAAGAUGAACAAGAUGAAGUUCAGAAGUUAUAUUACCCAAGUAAAAUGUUUACCGAUGUCACUCAGUAAGCCCUCCGCACUAUCCUGCAGUAACAACUUUAUGUCUUCAUCGUGACACUAGUCAUUCUGUGGGUGUAAAGAAAACGUCCUCAAAGCAUCCGUGGCUUCCGAAGCAGGCACUCGGGACUUAGUGCUGCAACAGAACUCCUAAUGUGUUGAAGAGGGAGCAUCUUUGCUUUACUGACUCCAAAUUUCUUUGGAGACCAUUUAUUGAUGAUGCAUUAGGUUUCCAUUUAUUAUUGAUCUGUAUGAUUAAUUUUUACCCUUUUAAGUAUAAAUAUGGAAUUCUGGUUUUUUUUUUUACUUAUAAUUUUACUAAGUACCUUAUACUUCCUACUUGAUACUGUUUUUUAUUGCAGUGAAGGCCACAUCUUUGCAAAUAUAUGUACCCUUGGUUAAAAGUUACGUGAAAUUUUUCAAUAGCCAUAAUUACCAUAAAAAAUCCUUUAAAUCACCCAUAAAGUACAGUACUAUAUAUGUGAUUUGUGAAUGUAACCUAGUUUCAUUCAUUUGUAGUAAGUGUUUAUCUAUGGCCCUCAAUUAAUUAUACUUUUUUUCUAUCUUGAGGCUGUGGAUGAAGCCAUAUAAUCGACCAUUUAUCUACUAUUAAAACAAUGUGUUUUAAAGUCACUCAUAAAUUUUUCUGUUGUUUUCGGGCUUAAUUGUAUCCAUGACGUUCAAUAUAAUUAAGGAAAAAGAGAUGCUGUCCUCGUGUAGAAUCCUUUUAACUUUCACAUGAUUCAAUAUUGUGAUUGGAACUCACUAGUUAGCUAAGAUUCCUUCUCUUUUCUCAUGCAUAAUGGAACUUUUGAAUUAAUAAACCUUU